AUGCGAUUCAUUCAUGUCAGUGCCAACAUGUGUGUAAGGAAGCACAAAAAGUCAUCAUCGAAAAAGACCUCUCCAGUGACAAAUCUUGCCAUGACAGCCCCAUCAAUUUUGAAAGCCUAUGCCAAUCAUUACACUUCAACAAACUCACAACUCUCUGAAGAGCAACAAAAUGAACAGGAGCACAGCAUGCAGCUUCGCAAUUCAAUGUAUGACACUUCCCAAUACAACCAUGAACAUACACUACUCAAUCAUGACACAAUGUACCAUAACAACAACAGCAACAGCAACAACCACUCAAAUUCGACAAUAACUUCAUCUCAUCCAAACCAUGAGUUGCAUCAUGUGUUGGACGUGACGAAUCCUCACAACACCCACGCCAUGUCGAACAAAAUGGUUCGUGCAGGCUCCUCUUCAUCCAUAAAUGCAUGUAACGACCGAGUUGGUGCAUGCAAAGGUGAUGAUCAUGGUACCCUACAACAGCCACUCACAACAAAUAGAAGAGGGUCAAUCGCGUCAUCGACAUCAACUGCUUCAAAUGCAUGUAUGGAAUGUACGAGCACGAACCAACUCGUCCCAUCGUCACCGCAUGCAUCCUCCAACAACAUGAUGAUCAAGAAUGGUCGAGUUUGUUCUCCAUCCACCUUGUUGCAUUCAAGUAACAACAACCAUGCAUGCACUUCACAAAUUCGCUUUGUCAUGGAAGACAACUUUGCCAACACAGCACCUCCAAAAAAGCGUAACAUUCUCACAAAACAUCAAAUCAUACGAGUGUUGCAUUUGUCUCAAGCUCAAGCUUGUAAGAUUUUGGGAUGUAGCAUCUCUACCUUAAAACGAAGAUUUGGAGAGCUGAAACAUGAGCUGGGCAUGGAAAAGUGGCCAAGCUAUUUUGAUGAUGUUCGACAUUUACCUGUUUUUCCUCAACUCUAUCCCAUGUCUUUAAGUUACAUUUUGAAUGAAGAGAAUGUGAGUCCUUAA